AUGGACGCCACCGAGCUCGCAGCCGUCCAAAAACGUCUCAAGGAAAUUCACCUCUACGCCACUUACGGCCCCGCCAAUGAGAACGAUCCAGACCCGUUCGAUGAGAUUCGUCAAGCCGAAUUCGGCAAUGCUCUCCCACACGAAGAAAGCGAGGACAAAGUCCUCGAUCCCACCAAAAAGCUCCCCUUUCUCCCCACGGAGAUUCUCACUGAGAUAAUGUCCCACACCAACCCAUCGGACCUCCCCGCCCUGCGUCAGACCAGCAAGCGCUUCCGCUUCGCCGCCAAAUCCCUCUUUGGUAAGCGCCUCGUCAACUCCCGCACCUUAUACCCCACCUACACGAGCCUUUCCUCCUUCCUGGCCUUGCUCCUCAUCGACCCAUCCUACCCCCACCUCGUCCGCACCCUCUCGUUGGUAAGCGAGCACGCUGCACCCAACCCGUACGGCUACGAUUGGGCAUGGGAGGAGCUUCAGAACAGGGAGCGAACAGGUCCUACGCGCGUUGAUCGCAUCAUCAAGCAGCGUAUUGAGAUGCAUCAUGAGCGGUGGUGCGCGAGCAGUGCGGCGUUUGUCUUCGGAGGGGGCUAUAGGGAUAUGUUGACUAUCAUCUUCAAACGCCUCCCCGCGCUCCAGACGAUCCGCCUGCGCAAGUUGUCUCUCGGUGAGAACAUUCCUGGACCAGACGGCAUCGAGCUUCUCCAAGGAGCACUACAGGACUUGUCGUUUUACCGUCCUGGGUUGCCGGUCAACCGUGUCUUCUAUGGAGAGUGGCAGUACGACAUGGUCUACCAGUGCAUCACGACGCUCAUUGACGAGUACGGAGACGAGUACAUCUGGGACGGGGCGGGUCCCCAAGCAGAUUGUCGUGCAGAUGCUCUCGCUGCGGUGAAGAGGACCAAGAGCAAGGCUGUUGUUGUCAAGACUAAGAGGGGAUUUGUUGAAGAAAUCGACGAAGAUUCUGACGACGAGAUGCACGAUAACGAUUCCGACGACGACAUGUUCAACGAGGAUGAUGACGACUGA